AUGGCUCAAGCUCGAUGCCCCUUGCCGUCAUUGCUGCUGGUCCUUGUCGCUGUCGUGCUGCUCGUGCCGCGAGCCGCGGGUUACCCAUGGCAGGUAUGCGGCAACACGGGCAGCUUCACGGCCAACAGCACGUACCAGGCCAAUCUCGCACUGCUCGCCAUCGCCCUGCCCAAGAACAUUUCAUCGUCCCCAGACCUCUUCGCAACCACCAUCGUCGGCGCCAUCCCGGAGCUGGUCUCGGCGCUGGCGCUCUGCCGCGGGGACGCCAACGCCACGACCUGCUCCGCCUGCCUCGUCACGGCCUUCCAGGACGUGCAGAACGUGUGCUCCUUGGACAGAAGCGCCGCCAUCUACUACGACCCCUGCAUUCUCUACUACUCCAACGACGACAGCUUCCUCUCCUCCGCCGACAACGUCGCGUCGGCGUCGACGAACCGCAUCAACCUCCGGAACGUCACGUCGGACCCGGCCCGGUUCAACCGCCUCGUGGGCGCGCUCGUGAACGCCACCGCCGAGUACGCCGCGUACAACUCCACGCGGCGGUACGCCUCCGGGGAGGCCGACUUCGACCAGGAGUACCCCAAGGUGUACAGCUGGGCGCAGUGCACGCCGGACCUGACGCCGGCGCAGUGCAGGGUAUGUCUCGCCGGCAUCAUCGCCGAGAUGCCGAGGCUGUUCACGGACCGCGUUGGCGGCAGGGUUCUCGGGAUCAGGUGCAGUUACCGGUACGAGGUGUUCUCCUUCCUCAACAGCCCGGUGAUGGUGCAGUUGGCGGCGGAGUCAGGGAACUCGGGAUCCCCAACACCGGCGAUGGGGCCCACGAGUGUGACGCCUUCGGCAGCUGGAGGAGGUGAGUAUUGA